GGAGAUGAAAGAGGGAUAAGAAACAAGUCAUAAUUUUGGAGCAGCUUAUUUUUAGCAGGGCUCACUAAACCUCAGUCCUCUCUGCAGACUCGACACAGCCACAUCUCAACCAACAACUCUUUGUCUCGAAGCGUCAUCCAAUUUUCAUAAGUACAUCCGUCGCUACCCCCACCCAAUUUCGAGAUGGUUAUUGAGCAGAAAUUCAAGGAGGGGGAGGAGCCCGACCCGACCCAGUAUCUUUUCAUCUCCCUCGAAAUGAAACGGGCCGAUCAGACGAAGCCGUACGACGCCAAGACGACUUGUUGGAUCCCCGAUGACAAGGAAUGCUUCGCACUUGGCUGCAUUACAGGCACCAAAGGUGACAAUGUGACCGUCAAGUUGCCGGACGGAAAUGAGAAAGUAUUCAAGAAGGCGUUGGUGGGUCAGGUCAACCCCCCAAAGUACGAGAAGGCAGAGGACAUGUCCAACUUGACUUAUUUAAAUGACGCCUCCGUUCUCCACAAUUUGCAGCAGAGAUACUACAACAAACUGAUCUAUACGUAUUCUGGCCUUUUCUGCGUCGCUAUCAACCCCUACGCCCGUUACCCGAUUUACACCCAGAGGGCCAUGAAGAUCUACCACGGGCGGAGGCGAAAUGAAGUCCCACCCCACAUUUUCGCCAUUGCUGAUGGUGCCUACUCCGAAAUGAUGACGAACCAUCAAAACCAGUCCAUUCUCAUUACCGGAGAGUCUGGAGCCGGUAAGACGGAAAACACCAAGAAGGUCAUCGCCUACUUCGCCAGCGUCGGCGCGUCUGGAAAACCUGACGAGAAGAAGAUCUCCCUUGAGGACCAGAUCGUCCAAACUAACCCCGUCCUCGAAGCCUUCGGUAACGCCAAGACCACGCGUAAUGAUAACUCGUCCCGAUUCGGUAAAUUUAUCCGUAUCCAUUUCGGACCAUCCGGAAAAUUGGCUAGUGCUGACAUUGAAGUUUACUUGUUGGAGAAAGCUCGUGUCAUUUCGCAGCAACCUUUAGAACGGUCGUACCACAUCUUCUACCAAAUUAUGACAGGCUCUGUGAAAGGGUUGAAGGAGAAAUUGCUCCUCAGCAAUGACAUCCUCGACUACCAUUUCGUCUCCCAGGGCAAAACCACUGUCCCAAGUAUCGACGAUUUCGCCGAGUUGGAACAGACACAUAUUGCCUUCGAAGUCUUAAACUUUUCGGAGAAGGAACGCAUGAAUGUGUACAAAAUCACGGCUGGCGUCAUGCACAUGGGAAAUCUAAAGUUUAAGCAGCAAGGUCGUGAAGAACAGGCUUUGCCAGACACGCCUGAACACGGUGAGAAAACUGGGAGCAUGUUGGGCGUUGAGGGUGAAGAGAUGUACAACUGCUUCACCAAGCCAAGGAUCAAGGUCGGCACAGAAUUUGUGGUCAAAGGUCAAAACGUCAACCAAUGUUUGUACGCCGUUGGUGCCAUGGGCAAAGCCAUUUACGACAGGAUGUUCAGAUUCCUUGUCGUCAAGUGUAACAACACUUUGGAAAAUCAGAACAAAAAACAGCACUUUAUCGGUGUAUUGGAUAUCGCUGGGUUCGAGAUUUUCGAUUUCAACUCGUUCGAGCAGCUCUGCAUUAAUUUCACCAAUGAAAAACUUCAGCAAUUCUUCAACCAUCACAUGUUCGUUCUGGAACAGGAAGAGUACAAGAAGGAAGGUCUCGACUGGAUCUUCGAAGAUUUCGGUAUGGAUUUGCAAGCCUGUAUCGACAUGAUGGAGCGACCCAUGGGCGUCUUCUCCAUUCUAGAGGAAGAGUCUAUGUUCCCGAAAGCCACGGAUCAAACGUUCAUUGAAAAAUUGAACAUCAAUCUCCUCUCAAAAAGCCCCUGCUUUAUUAAGCCUAGACCCGCAAAGCCCGGCCAAGUUGAGGCUCAUUUCGCCUGCGUCCAUUACGCUGGAACGGUGCCAUACAACAUUGCCAACUGGCUUGAGAAGAACAAGGAUCCCUUGAACGACACUGUGGUCGAUUUAUUCAAGAAGGGAACCAACGAUCUUGUCCAGUUCAUCUUUGCCGACCAUCCCGGACAAAGUGGUGGCGGUGAUGACUCAAAGGGAGGCAAAAAACAAAAGGGCUCCGGGUUCAAGACCGUUUCCAGUGGUUAUCGGGAACAAUUGAACAACUUGAUGACCACCCUGAAAGCCACGCAUCCUCACUUCAUCCGUUGCAUUAUUCCCAACGAGUUGAAAACCCCUGGACUCAUCGACUCCCACCUAGUCAUGCACCAACUCACCUGUAACGGUGUGCUUGAAGGUAUUCGUAUUUGCCGAAAAGGUUUCCCCAACAGGAUGGCCUAUGUAGAUUUCUGCUUCCGCUACAACAUCCUCGCCUCGAAACAAAUGAAGGAACAGAAAGACGACAAGAAAAUCGCCACCGCCUGUUUCGACCAUAUCGGUCUGGACGCCGACAAAUGGCGCGUCGGUCACACCAAAGUCUUCUUCCGUGCCGGAGUGUUGGGAGAAAUGGAAGAGUUACGUGACGAUAAGAUUGCCGCCAUCAUGGUCUGGAUGCAAUCCCGCAUCCGCUCCUUCCUCGUCAAGAAGCAUUACCGCCCCAUGAUGCGCCAACGUCUCGCGCUCGAAGUCGUGCAGCGCUCGCUUCGAUCCUACGUCAAACUUCGCGUCUGGCCAUGGUGGGACUUGUGGAAGAUUCUCAAACCUACCCUCAAAGUCGUCUGCAUUGCCGACGAAAUCAAAAAGUUUGAAGAUCGUCUCUCCAAGGUAUCUGACGCCGUUGCGACCGAAGAAGCGCUCAAGAACUCGCUCGAAGCGAAGGGAAAGAAGCUUGAAUCAGAAACGAAGACCGUUCGCAACCAGCUGGAAGAACUUAAAGCGCUCGGAUCCGAUUUCGGCAGCAAGAUCCACUCCCUCAACGCGCAAAAAUCUGAGCUUGACGCACAAGUCAACGAUUACAAUCAUCGCCUUCAACAAGAAGAAGAGGCCCGAAUGCAGCUCAAUCUUCAGAAGAAACGUAUCGAAACGGAGAUUGGAACGAUGAAGGGCGAGCUGGAAGAACAAAGCGGGCGAAUCGAUCAGCUGGAGGGUGACACAGCUGGUAAAGCGGCGCAGAUCGAGAAUCUCAAGGUGGAACUUUCCCAUCAGGAAGAUCUUAUCGCUAAAUUGACUAAAGAAAAGAAGCAUAUUCAAGACGGUCAGAAAAAGCGGUCGGAAGAUUGUCAAGCGCAAGAAGACAAGAUGAAUCACUUGAUGAAAAUUAAGGUCAAACUAGAACGUGCCAUGGACGAACUUGAAGACAAUCUAGAGCGAGAAAAGAAACAUAGGUGCGACAUUGAAAAAUUGAAGACGAAGAUUGAGUCCGAUCUGAAAAUGAAUCAGGAAGCUUUGGCCGAUUUAGAGCGGAACAAGAAGGAGAUUGAGCAGGCCAUCCAGCGAAAAGAUAAGGAGAUUGCGUCUCUCUCGGCCAAAUUGGAGGAGGAAAAUACGCUGAUUGCAAAGUUGAUGAGGCAAAUUAAGGAACUUCAAGCGAGAAUUGAUGAGCUAGAGGAAGAGCUCGAGUUGGAGAGGCAGGCGCGCGCGAAGGCGGCAAAAGCAAGGUCAGAUUUGGCCAAAGAGUUGGAGGAUUUGGGGGGUCGUUUAGAAGAGGCGGGAGGUCAGACGGCGUCCCAAAUUGAGCUGAAUAAGAGACGCGACAUCGAAUUGGAGAAGCUGCGAAGGGAAAUGGAAGAGACUAAUUUGACGCAUGAAGCAACUAUGGCGGGAGUGAGAAAGAAGCAUAACGACGCAGUUGCCGAAAUGGCGGAACGGAUUGAUAACUUGAACAAGAUGAAGGCAAAGGCGGAGAAGGAUCGCGGAGCGACGCGAUCUGAGCUUGACGAACUUCGAGCCACUCUCGAUUACUCCACUAAUGAGAAGGCCGGCGCACAAAAGCUCGGAAACCACUUGCAGCAACAACUUCACGAAAUUCAAGUCAAGUACGACGCCAUGGCGCGUCUCCUCAACGACUGCGAGCAAGGAAAGAAAAAAUACAGCAUGGACAAUAACGACUUGGCCCGGCAAAUCGAAGAGGCUGAAUCCACCGCGAGCCAACUGUCAAAGGUCAAGGUCAGCUUGGCCACCCAGUUGGAGGACACGAAACGUAUGGCGGACGAAGAGUCGCGCGAAAAAGCGAGUCUACUCGGUCGCUAUAGAAACGUGGAACAUGACGUCGCCAUUCUGCGCGAACAAUUUGAAGAGAUCGCCGAGGAGAAGAGCGAAACUCAAAAGGCGAUCAGCAAAGCGAACGCGGAGGCGCAGCUGUACCGUGGCAAAUAUGAGAGCGAAGGCCUAGCCAAGAUUGAGGAGCUGGAGGGGGCAAAACAAAAACUGCAAGCCCGCCUCGCCGAAGCUGAAGAAACCAUCGAAUCCCUCAAAGGAAAGGGUAUCACUCUCGAAAAGACCAAGCAGCGCUUGACCACCGCCCUAGACGACAUGCGCAUCGAAGUCGACCGCAACUCCACCAUUGUCGCCCAGAUGGAGAAAAAGCAAGUCUACUACGACAACAUCCUCCACGAAUGGAAGAACAAGGUCAACGAUCUCGCCCAAGAGUUGGACGCGUCACGCAAAGAAGCUCGAAACUACUCGACCGAGCUCUUCCGAACAAAAGCCCUCUAUGAGGAACAACUCGAACAAAUUGAGAUUGUUCGGCGGGAAAACAAAAACCUGUGCGAGGAAGCGAAAGACAUCAUGGAACAGAUUAACGAGGGAGGAAGGAACAUCCACGAGCUUGAAAAAGCCCGUCAACGCAUCCAAGUUGAAAAGGAUGAACUUCAAGCGGCCCUUGAAGAGGCGGAGAGUGCGAUUGAACAAGAAGAGAAUAAGGUCCUCAGGGUACAAUUGGAGCUAAGUCAGGUCCGCCAAGAAAUCGACCGCCGAAUUCAAGAGAAGGAGGAAGAAUUUAUGAACACCCGCAAAAACUAUCAACGCACCCUUGACUCGAUGCAAGCAUCCCUCGAGGCCGAAACCAACGGCCGCGCGGAAGCCAUCCGAAUGAAGAAGAAGCUCGAAUCGGACAUCAAUGAGCUCGAAAUCGCUCUCGAUCACGCCAACAAAUCCAACGCGGAAGCACAAAAAGCCAUCAAGAAGUUCAUCCAACAAUUGAAGGACGUCCAAACCGCGCUCGAUGAAGAGAUGCGCCUGCACACGGAACUCCGCGAGGAGUACGGAACGUCGCAGAGACGCGGUCACGCCCUCGCCAGCGAGCUAGAAGAGUCCCGCACCCUGUACGAACAGGCUGAUCGGGCCCGCCGCCUUGCAGAGGGCGAUCUAGUCACGGUUCGAGAAUCGCUGAACGAGUAUGGCCAACAAGUCGGCAUGUUGAGCGGGAUUAAGAGGAAGUUGGAUAGCGAGCUGGAAGCUGUGCAUACCGAAUUGGAAGGUACCCUUAACGAGGCGAAGAAGCAGGAAGAAAUGGCGAAAAAAGCCAUGGUCGAUGCUGCACGCCUCGCCGAUGAACUUCGGCUCGAACAAGAGUACGCCAACACGCAAGAUAAGACCAGAAAGUCAAUGGAGUUCCAGAUGAAGGAGUUGCAAGUCAGGCUAGAGGUCGCUGAAGCCGACGCCAUGAAAGGCGCCAAAGGUCAAAUCGCCAAGCUUGAGAGCAAACUCCAUAACAUCGAGGCCGAACUGGAUAUUGAACAAAGACGCCACGUCGACGCGCAGAAGAACAUGCGCAAGUGUGACCGUCGCGUGAAAGAGUUGUCCUUCCAGUCCGACGAGGAUCGCAAGAAUCACGAAAAGAUGCAAGAUCUCUUGGAAAAGUUGCAACAAAAGAUUCGCACGUACAAGAGGCAGAUAGAAGAAGCGGAGGAAAUUGCCGCAUUGAAUCUCGCCAAGUUCAACAAAGCUCAACAAGAGCUGGACGACAUUACCGAGCGUGCGGAACAGGCAGAGAUGCAGCUUCGCGGAAACCGACCAGGAUUCGGUGGGGUUGGUCAGGCCCAACAUGGUCCACGCGGUCAACGUGCUCCUUCCAACAUGAAUUUCUAGCCUUUACCUGUAUCAUGAGGAAUUGUAGUAUGGCAAUAAACUAGAAUGCAAUUCAAUUUAAAAACCA